CAUACAGUAGCAUUACAGGGAUUACAAUUUACAUACAGCUAUUGCUAUUACUUUGUUACAGCAAAGUAUAGAUGGAGACGAAAGAAAUAGAACACUCUUAUAUAAAAGGCACGCACACAGUACUUAAAAUAGAAUAUAAUGAGAUGCGCCUUAAUGAAAUGUAUAAAAUGGCCACUGAUUGGCAAAUGAGCUUUACAAGACUUUUGACCUUUUUCAGCGCGACUACGAAGACUCUGGCUCUGAUUACUGUGAGGAGGACUAUGUGGGGAGGGGGGGGCCUCUCAUGCUGACGGACUACAGAGCGACAGGAGACCGCCUCGACCUGAGUGAGAUCUUCUUCUCCAACGAGGAGUACUACAGCAAGCUGGAGGAGCUGAAGAAGGCUCACCUGCGCACCAUGGCCGAGCUGGAGAGCAUGUACCGGAGGAAGCUGCAGCUCAAGGCCUCCGAGCCCCCGGGAGCCACCGCGCUGCAGACAGACAGGCACAGGUGCGUGGCUCCUAGUCAACAGGAUUAUGUUAAGACGGAUCAAAGGGUCCCAUGGUCACACAGCAGCCCAGCAGCUUCACGCCACUUGAGGAAGUCUCAGUCUGCAGUUGAGCUGAGGAGGAGCUCCCCUCAGUCCGACUACUCAGACGAAGAGGAGGAAACACAUGUGGAGAAAGGCUUGGUGUUUUCUCCUAAAGCGCACAUCAAGAACAUGUGGCAGGACUUCAAGCUGUCCCCUAAGCACCUGUCCGCCUCCUCCAUGCAAAGCCUCCCCGCAGACCAGAAGAAGCCACGAAGGGGAAGAGGAAAGAAGAGGCGGGAGCAUAAAGACGGAGAGCAGGAGAACUUGAAACACAAAUCCACCGUCCCAGAACCUUUCCAGAUGAUGCUGCGUGAGGACGAGAGGCAGAAGCGUGGCAUAAAGUCUCGCUCAGAGAUCGAACAGGAGAACGCAGACCUGAGGCGGCAGCUGGAGGAACUGACCGAGUGCCAGAGGAAGUUCCGUGCCAGCCCCAUACCGGCUCAUGUUCACCUCCCGCUCUACGAGGAUCUGCAGGGGCGCAAGAAGCGAGAAGACGUGCAGCCUCGAGCCCUCCAGAAGCCCUUCAGCUUCCUGGAGAGGGAGCGGCUGAAGAAGGAGCAGAAAGAGCGGCGUCCUUCACCCAAUGAGGACAAAGUGAAACCCUUCAGAGCCAAGCCUGUUCCCAGGUCUGUGUACGCAGCUGCCACAGGGGAGCAGAUGAAGGAGGAGCAGCUGUACCGCUCCAUCAAGAUACAGAUGAGAGCCGAGGAGAUGCUCCACAGCGCCGCCAUGCCUCCCAGCAUGCUCACACGACGACUCAGCGACCGCAAGAAAAACAAAGACGGUAACUCUGAGGUGAAAGGGGACGACAACAUCUCCCUCAAACCCCACAUUCACACAGAGGUGCCCGACUUCGACGCCCGUUACAGACGCUUCCAGAAACACCUGGAGAAACAGAAGGAGGUGAAGCCCACUACUACGUGUGAACCAUUCGAGUUGAGGACGUCCCACAUCAGUUCGCACCGUGAACGCAUCCUGGCCGACAUCGAGAAGGAGCAGAGUAGCCCGAAGGCGGUGCGCUGGCCACACGUCAGCCCCGGGAAAUCUCGCACGGCAAACUCUAGCCUGUGCUCGUCUCUCUCCGGCAGCCUGGAGAUCUUGCCGGGGAAAGUGACAGACGCCACAAAGAAGCGCCAUGACGCCGUGAGGAAGAAUCUGUUCCCAACAUCCCCGCUGAAUGCUCACAACCCAACACCUGUAGCUGUGUGUCAGAAUCACAAUCAGAAACAGGUUUAUUACCAGCAGUCCCCCUCCUAUCCAAACCCUCCUGUCCUGUGACAUGAGUGCUCCCUGAGUAGAAAGGUGCUGGAGGAGAGGAGGAAGGCCGAGGAAGAGGAGGAGCGGUGGAAGGAGAGCCAGAGGCAGAGGGAGAGGAAGCUGCAGCGGGUGGUGCUGAAGCGAGCGCAGGCCAACGACCCCCACCUGGCUCUCUCUCAGAUGAACCAGGGCAAACUCAAAGAAUUCAGGAAACAAGGGCUUCAGCGUAAGAAGGAGUACCAGCAGGAGAUUAAGGAGAUGAAGCAGAGAGUGAAGGGGAGGCCGCUGCUGCUGGAGCAGGUCGCCCAGAGGAAUGCUAAGCAGGCGGCAGAGAAGCGCUACGCAGACGCUCUGCAGGGAUGUGACCUGACUGAAGACUUCAUCAGCAGCAAGGCGGCUGGAGCAGGAUCUGAACACAACGCCUCUGAGUCCAGAGACAGCACACAGAGUGAACAAGAGGAGCCAGACAUGGGGUACAAACCUGUUCACUACAGGAAGGUCUUCAUGGGAGAUAACGAUGUGGAUCCAGAAGAAAAGGAAGGAGGAAGCGACGCGACUUCACAAAGUCUCCGUGACAGUGAGGACGCCAGGAGUCACCACUCUGAUCAGGAUUCAGAUGGAAGUUACCACUACUCAGACGAUCACGAGAAUUAUUCAGACGACAGCGAGCACGAAGCUGACACCACAAAGCAGGAAGAAGGGAAGUGAUGGCAUCGCAUAUCAUGAAACAAGCGGCCAUUGCUACGUCCAAAAACUCUGAUAGACACAACUGAGUGUGGAGGAACAACGAAAAGUUUAUAAUUCCUUAAAUGAUGAGAUGUUAUAUGUUAUUGUAAAUAUUGUGCUCACAUAUUGUGCUCAUAAAAUUGAGACUUUGAUAUCUUUAACCUGAGUACCUAUAUUAUACAUAGUGAGCCGUUAUUUGACAUUUUCUUCCCUUUGCAUCAAUAAUGACAGGUUUAAUUUCACAUAACUGUAGUUUCAACAUCUGUAAAAUGUAAUGUAAAACACUUGUGUAAUUAGAUCUACGAUAUAAAUUAAGUUGUAUUUAUUUAUUGCUAUAUGAAAUAUGUAUUGUUGUUUUUUUGUUGUUACACUGGACGAUCUUCAAUAAAGCCACAAAAAGUGACCACUUGUUUUUUUCCUGUAAUGAAUUUAAGCAC